GUACAUCACCUAUUCAUUCCCAAUGAAAGCGACAGUAAAGGGAAAUCUUUUGGGUGAAUUGGUUGGUACUUUGGUUAGUCUCGCGAACUCCAAUCGCGUUCUUCCCUGUUUGAAAGUCCCACUUGUAACACAACAACGGUUUGGUUACGCGUACAUUCGACGCUCCCUGUUUCUACGUCUGUUACUCGGUUUCGGUUUUGAAUUUCGAUUGAUUUGCCGAAGAAGCAUCCAAGGUUUCCCUACAGAACUCAAGGACUACUAGGAUACACCCAAGGAUUACUCUGAUCUGGUUUCAUUGUGAACGCAGCACCCGCCUGCUAGAUGAUGUGAGUCGUUGUAUCGCUUCCUGGAUAUUUGCGCGAUUCGACAGAAGACUGCGGCACGACCAGCCGCCGUGUGUGUCCUUGGACUUUUACGGACUGUAUUGUGUGUUAUCGGCCCCCGAGAGCCUGUGGUGCGCGUUGCGUUGGUGGACUGAAAUCGAUCUGAGUAGCAGCACAGAGAUCAAGACUGGAUUCCCUGGAUUAUUCUUGUGGAUGUUGUUGGGACGGGACGGGACACUGCGUGAAAGCGAAACUGGUAGAAAUGCUAAUGAGAGACAAGUGUGUGCGACGCGGCGAAGACUAAUCUGCGCCAAUGCCUACGUCAAUUAGUUGUAAACAACGAGCCUUGUUUAGGAUAAGCUGCAGCGAGCGUGCUGGCGGAAAGGGAAGGAAUAUCGCGCAGAGAGCGGACUGAGCUUUGAUCGGGCCUCCUUUGCGUGUGACUAACAACUGGUUGAGAAUAUCGGUCCGAGCGUGCAGGCGAGUGGCAGCGAACAGCGCAAGCAGCAGCAGGGCAGAGGAGCGCAAAUUUGCGAUUUUUGGCUCGCACUUGAAAGAACGUCGACAUAGAAGAAGCGGCGCGCGGAUUCCCCCUGAAUUGGAAAACAAUAACACAAAUAGUAGCGCUGGCACAUGCACGAAUAUUGACGCGAUUGGGGUGGUGAUUCGUGUGGUGAGUGAGCUCGCAAACUUCAAAUAGUCACAUCGUCCGCAGGUUGGUCGUUUUGACAGCGGGGGUGAAUAUUAAUAAAUAUCGGUCGAAAAGGAAAAUGUGCGACAAGAGUGAAGAGGAACGGUGAAAAUAACGCUGUGAGAAGUGGAAAAUCGAAGAAAAGUCUCGAAAUUGACAUUGAACGUGAAAUAGCUCGCCUAUCGCAGUAGGCGCUGGUUGGGAAAGGGUAUGAUCAAGGCGAAGGACGAAGAAGCAAUGUGUUGGAAGUGAGCGCGCAGAAGGCCUUGAGUCGGACUGUGAAGGAUACGUUCAAGGACCAACGUCAUAGCAACCGAAGCACGCGAGCUUGCUAAACGUGAGAACCCUUUGCAGUAGUGGCAGCAGGUUCAUGGUGUGCUGAGAGUGCGUUCGAUCGCGUUAACGCCAGUAACCGAAUGAUCUGGCCCUGUGCGUUGUAAUGCGAAAGGGAUAGGGAGGAGUACCCAGUGCCACAGUUUGAGGUUGGUGGCUGCUCUUCCGUUUUGUGCUACCGCCCCACAUUUGAGGGUGUGUGAGUGAGUGCUUGGGAGCGACUUUGGCAGUUGUUUUGGAUUCGUGAGUGGUCUCUCUCUCGCUCAGUGUCAGUGACAUAUAUACGCUUGCUUUGGGUUCCCGUUCUACAUGUACGUGCUCCCCCAACCCAGUCGGCUGGUUCAGUGUGUUUAUGUGCUGGUUUUAUUUUCGUGUUUAAUGCGUGAUUUACAAGUCAACAGCACAAGAGCCGUGUGCAUGUUUUGGUGUAUACACACAGCCAACGACGACAGUCAGAUUUUAUUUUGAGUUUCCGAAAAUAUUGACCUUGAACUCGCGCGGCUCGGUUCGCACAUUAGAGCAAGCAAGCAGGAAGGGGAGCAAAAAAUAAAAUAACAAUGCCACACAAAGUAUGGUGAAAAUAUUCGAUUUAUCCAUGCCUACUGCGAUGUGGUGGUGAGUGAGUUUGUGGAUGUGAAUGAGAAGAAACAGGGGAAUAUGGAAUAGUGUGUCGCUCGGUCAACGCUAGGUGUCAGUGUGCUAAUUACUGAGCAAUAUACCCCGAAGAAAAUGCAGUGCUUAAACAAACUCACUCAGGACGAAAAGGACUCGCUGGAAAUCAGGACAUUCGUGAUCGGUGACAACCAGCGAAUUAUGUAUUCACCACGCAAUGUGGACUGUAAAAAAUCGGUCAAACUGGAGAUUGCCGCCGGGCUCCACCAGGCUGCGCCAUCUUCCAUGGUGACCUCGAAUGGUCACCACCAGCUGGGACAGGACCGGGCCAGGAUUCAAAUAAUUGCAAAGCCUUCGAACAAACCGUGCGAGAGUGCGGCGCCCGUUCAGGCUCAGGAAGUGCACGUCAUUCGGGAUGGACGGUUCUACGAUCUUCAGCAUAACCAUGCGUCUCCAUCGUCGCACCAUCAUCACCUGCAGGAUCCAUCUCAUCGCCCGGUGCUGUCACCCUCCCCGAGCGGUCUCAUCAUAACCAAUGCCGGCAGUAGUGGAGGUGAUACCGGCAGUCCUCCGAGUAGACCGCCUCCGCCGCUACACCACCAUUCUGCCUCCACCACCAGCACCAUCAUCCUGGAUGGUCCUCCGCAUUCGGUGGUGUCUAGUAGUAAACAGCAACACUUGGCCGCACCUCCGGCAGCGACGUUGAUGAUCGUUCAACAACAACAUCAACAUCAUCAACAGCAACAGCAGCAACACCAUGUGACCUCAAUGCAGCCUCCACCGCCGCCUCCUCCCCCGGGUGUCAGCAGUAUGGGUGGGAAUGGGGGUGGUGGCAUGAUGGCCAAGAUGAAGAGCGCACAUGAGGAGCCUUCCAGCUCGAUGCCGGAUUUAGAAUUCGACGGAACCACCGUACUGUGCCGUGUGUGCGGUGACAAAGCUUCCGGCUUCCACUACGGUGUGCACUCCUGCGAAGGUUGCAAGGGUUUCUUCAGGCGCUCGAUCCAGCAGAAAAUUCAGUAUCGCCCUUGUACUAAAAACCAGCAGUGUAGUAUACUCCGAAUAAACCGUAAUCGCUGCCAGUAUUGUAGGCUGAAAAAAUGCAUCGCCGUUGGAAUGAGUCGCGACGCGGUCAGGUUUGGUCGGGUGCCGAAGCGCGAAAAGGCCCGCAUUCUGGCGGCCAUGCAGCAAAGCACGCAGAACCGAGGGAACCAGCGGGCGCUGGCCACCGAGCUGGACGAUCAGCCCCGUUUGCUGGCAGCCGUGCUGCGAGCGCACAUGGACACGUGUGAGUUCACGCGUGAGAAGGUCACCUCGAUGCGGCAACGUGCCCGCGAGUGUCCGACCUACUCGAUGCCUACUCUGGCAUGUCCGCUGAACCCGGCGCCGGAGCUCCAAUCGGAACAGGAGUUUAGCCAACGGUUCGCGCACGUAAUUCGUGGCGUGAUCGACUUCGCCGGCAUGAUCCCCGGCUUCCAGAUGCUGACCCAGGAUGAUAAGUUCACGCUGUUGAAGGCCGGUCUGUUCGAUGCGCUGUUUGUGCGUCUGAUUUGCAUGUUCGAUUCGCAGAUCAACUCGAUCAUCUGCCUGAACGGUCAGGUGAUGCGCCGCGAUACGAUUCAGAACGGUGCGAAUGCCCGUUUCCUGGUCGAUUCGACGUUCAACUUUGCCGAACGGAUGAACUCGAUGAAUCUGACGGACGCGGAAAUCGGUCUGUUCUGUGCCAUUGUGUUGAUCACGCCCGACCGACCGGGCCUGCGGAACGUGGAGUUGAUCGAACGCAUGUACUCCAAGCUGAAGGCCUGCCUGCAGUCGAUCGUAUCGCAGAACCGGCCCGACAAGCCCGAGUUCAUGCAGGAACUGCUGCGAACACUACCGGAUCUGCGUACGCUCAGCACGUUGCACACGGAGAAGCUGGUAGUGUUCCGGACGGAGCACAAGGAGCUCCUGCGGCAGCACAUGUGGAACGCUGAAGAAGAUCUCGCAAAGAGUCCCAGCUCGAACACGUGGAGCUGCGAUGGCAACAAUGUCGAGGAUGUGGCCAAGAGUCCGAUGAGCUCGGUAUCCAGUACGGAAUCGGCGGAAACAACCUCGGACUACUCGCAUAUUCCUUCCUCGUUGAGCGCUUCGGCGCCUCUGCUGGCCGCUACCCUGUCCGGUCAGUGCCCCAUUCGCCAUCGGGCAAGCAGCGGUUCGUCCGCCGAGGAUGAUAUCAUUGGAGGAACGGCCCAUCUGGCACAGAACGGCUUGACCAUUACACCGGUGAUCCGAUCGGUUGGAACACAUCACGUCCGGUACCGGAAGCUAGACUCUCCCACCGAUUCCGGUAUCGAAUCCGGCAAUGAAAAGCACGACCACAAACCAGUCAGCAGUGGAUCGUCUUCUUGCUCAAGUCCCCGAUCUUCUCUGGAGGAUCAAUCGGACGACAAGCGUCACAUCGUGGAGAAUAUGCCGGUCCUCAAGCGAGUGCUCCAGGCGCCUCCACUGUACGAUACCAACAGCCUAAUGGAUGAAGCGUACAAGCCGCACAAGAAGUUCCGUGCAAUGCGUCAUCGAGAGAGUGAAGCCGAGCCUGCUCCUAGUUCAUCGUCGUCCUCUACAAUCACUCUGUCAUCACAUUCACCGAAACCAUCGUCUAGCUCGUCGCCCUCGUCGGUGGUAUCGUCCCACAGUAGCAGUAUGGGAGCGGGUCAGUCUCCUCCGCAGCAGCCUCUAUCGCAGCUUCAUAUGCAUUUAACCCGACCGUUGAAUCAGUCACCACACCAAAGCCUUCACCACCAUCAUCACCAUCACCACGCGGGGACUCCUCCAGCGAGCCACCAUCAAUCGUCUUCCCUGUCCAGCACCCACUCGGUGUUGGCCAAAUCCCUCAUGGAGCAACCCACGAUGACCCCGGAACAGAUGAAACGGUCCGACAUCAUCCACAACUACAUCAUGCGAGAGUCGCAACAAUCUCAGCACCACCCGGAAGCGCAGAGCUCGUACCGGAGUGGCCUCCUAGUUUGCAGCCCACGAUCCUCAUCAGUCUCUCCGCUGACCUCCAGCAGUAGCAGUAGCAGUAACUCAUCCUCCUCCGGCAGUGGUUGUCCCUUCUCAGCAGCCAAUGGCGCCGGAAGCCGGUGGCAAAGUGGUCCAACCAGCGUAAUCACCACCACCCGCCAGCAAACUCCUUCCCCAUCGCUCAAUUCCACCGGAAGUGCCGACACUUCCUCCUCUUCCAGUGCUGCCAGCAGCAGUACUAGCAUCCGCUACUUCCAGUCACCACAUUCGACAUCGAUCUCCCCACCGGUGGCCGUCAUGGCCCAGCAAGCCAGCAGCACCACCACCGGAUCCAUUGGUUCCCCUCAGUCCGUGGUGACGGCACCCUCUCCCUCCCCUCGCCUCAUCGAGCUUCAAGUGGACAUCGCUGGCGGUUCCGCUUCCUCCGGUACCACCGAUGCCCCUCUGAACCUGUCGAAAAAAUCCCCCUCGCCCUCUCCAGCACGCCACCAAUCCACCUCCUCCUCCACAGCCACCAUCCACAAGGUGCUACUGGAAGCGUAAGCCACGCCCACCACCCUAACAACAACAAACUACUACUACUACUACUAAGUGAUCGACAAAUGGAAACUACUACUAAAACAAACACAAGCAGUAAAAGAGGCAGAUCAGUUUACACAACUGUGUACAAAGUUUAACAUUAGAGUUUGCGAGUAGUGAGGUACGGAUUAGAAUUUUAUAAAUCGGGACGCGCGCCCCGCCCUCCACGGAGGAGGAGUCACCGUCACUGUGUGUGCAAAUCACUAAAGAAGAGCAUUGAUAUUUUACUAAGCCUAAACCUAAAGCAAAAAAAAAAAACAAAAGAAAAAACGAGGAUCUCUAUUUUACCUCCUCUUCCGCCAAUCGAGAGAGAGGGGAGGGGGCGCGCGGGCUGCAAAACGAGGAGGAGAAAAAGGCGGUUAGCUGGCCGGCUGGCUGGCCAGCAGCAACAAUCAGAUUCCCUCCCGAAGAGUUUAAAACUUUCCGACUGUGCGAGAUGCAUGAUCGUGUGAAUGAUGUAAUAAUCAUCGAAACAAGCCAAACAGGAAGACAUUGCGUUUUUAGUGGAUAGAGGAUGAAUCAUUGACACGUACACACAUACAUUGUGGAUAUGUUCUAAGCAUAUUACUAGAAACAAAAAAUCAUGAUUGAAUUCAAUCAGAGAGUACUCAGACAAGUUAGAAACGGAAGACGAACCAAUCGAUGAAUUUAUCAAGGAAAACCUAUCAGGCACGGGGGGUGUGUUAAACUGAACAUAUAUAACAGUAGGAAAGACAGACUAGAUUUGAAAACUGCGCGAGUUUGUAGUUUUGCGCGCACUGUAAAUAGUCGUGACAAGGAAUUCCAAAUUUUUACCAAACACGGUCCCACUGUGCGCGGGGGGCGCAAGACACGUGUGAUGCAGGCGACGAGAAUUAACGGAAAGUGAGAUCAGAAAUAUUGUUUUUAAGCAGGGCCUGAUUAGGGGGGAAAUGGGAAGCAAGCAACAAAACCGUACUUUAAACCGUAACAAACACAAAGGAAGCAUGAAAUUAUCAAAUCCGUUCUAAUUUUAAUUUCACAGAUGAUGGAAAACAAGCAGAUGUUUGCAAUCUACUUUUAAUUGAAAGUAUAGAAAAAAAAGUGAAAAGCCAAAGCGACGUCCGUCGCUUUGGAAACAAAAAUCAAGCUGAAAUUUGUACAUAGUGUAAUUAGACUAUUAUCCUCCUUUUAAUUAAACGUGCAGAUUUUUAUUUAUUGAAACAUUUGCUUAUUAACAUUCUUAUUAUUCUUUAUUAAGUGUCCUUUAUGUUUUCCAAAACUUUUUGUAAAUAGCUAAUUAAAAACGUUAAGGUUAAAAAAGAAAACAAACAAAAACACAUACACACGAGACCAAGUUUUAAUUUAAAGUAAAACCAUUUUAAUUGAGAGAGUUAGUUUUUCCGUAUCACCUAUUAUUAUUAUUUUUAUGAAGCAAAAUCCUUUAUCAAAAGUAAAGCAUAAGAAUCAAUGUUUUAUAAAAGAAAAAAGGAAAAAAGCAUACAAGAAAUGAAUUAAGUUUGAAAACCGUGAACGAAUGCGUUGACGCGUGUGUGCAGAAAAGGAGUGUGAUUUUAUCAAAUUUAUACUUCUACUGGGGAUGCAAGUGUGUGAGAAUGAAUGCGAACCAUAAUGGAUAAUAACUACAUACACGAAAAAACAGAAACAAAUCGUCAAAACAUGUGCAACAGUAAUAAGAUGAAAAAAAAAACAGAAAGAAAACCCUACAUGUAUAAGGAGAAAGUUUCUAGGUUUAGGACUAUAGCUGUAUAACAUUUAAAAAAGAGAAUAAAGAGAAUGAAAGCAGAAAAAAUCAAUUGAAAUUGAAAUAAAAAAUACACACAAUACAUGAGCAAGAAUGCGAAUGAGAAAAAUCCAAAAACAAAAAAAAAAGAGCGAAAAAUAUCCCCAAAUUCAUAUUUAAUUGUAUUGAACAAACCAACCCGAAACCCUAUAACUCUAUGGAUGAAACACAACGCAAACAAAAGAAAAACGGAUAAUAAAGAAGUAAACAUUGUCGUCAUUGAGACACGAGAAACAACCCGGAGCAAAUCAACAGAAUCAAUGGAAAACAAAACAAAAAUCAAUAUGUAGUACAGAAACAUACCUAAAUGGAUAGAAUCGAGAGAGACAGAGUCAACACACAAAUGAGAGAACCAACAACACAGGUAAACACAAACAAAAAAAUCACAAAAAAAAUAUGAAACAACAACAGUUGAAUUGAGGAAUGAUUGAAUGAAAUAAAGUAUUAAAUAUUG